AUGGGGAAGACGAAUUCACUGAAGGACAAGGAAGAAAAGAAUGGAAGUAACACUAUAGAGAGAGGGGUGCAGAAAAGGAUUGCAUGUCUAGAGAUGAACUGGAAGAUAUUGAGUGUUAAAAACAUUUUUUAUGCGUUUAGUUCAUUUCUACAUCAUUCAUCACCGGUGUGUGUUAAGUUAUGCAAGACUGAGCUUGGAAGGAAUGUACUUGGAGAUGACGAUGUGUAUACAAACGGUGAUAAUACUGAUAUUAGAAAAUAUUAUUUUGCAAUUAUUGAGUUUAAAGACGUUCAGGAUGCGAUUUGUGUGUAUAAAGCAUGCGAUGGCAUUGAGUAUGAAAAUUCUGGGACAUUUUUUGAUUUGAGAUUCAUUUCUGAAAAGUUUGUGGUUAGGAAUGUCUGUGAUGAAUUUCCAAGUACUGGCACUGGUGGAUGUGCAAAAAGAAGACUGAAUGCGGUAUACACAGCAAAUGGAAUGGAAUGCGAUUAUUUAGACAGCGAAUCUACUGAAGAGAUGAAGAUGCUAUUUGAAGACAAUGAGAUAGACUAUGAAAAGGUAUCUAUGCUUAUAGAGAUGUCAGAGGAUGAAGAGGAUGAGAUAAAACGAGACAACUAUAUACAAAAGGAAGAGUCUAAUGAUGAUGAACUACUUGAAGAUGAAGACGACUUCAACAGUAUUUACACCAAAUCAAAGUCAAAAAAGAAAAAGAUCUCUGUUGCAAAGGAACCUGGAAAGAAGCAGGUUCUGAUUCCCAAGGCUAAUCAAGACGAUGAAUGUACUGGAUUUGUGUUUGAUCCUUUAGACGAGAGGUUUGAAGCAUUAUUCAAAGACGACAACUUUUCCAUAGAUCCUACGCAUCCUGAAUAUAAAAAGAAAGGCGGCUUAAAGGAGAUAGUAAAUGAAAAACGUAAAAGAUAUGAAGCAACAAUGAGUGAUGACUAA